AUGGCUGCACUAACCAAGCGUGAAUUUAUCGAAUUGGCCUUAGGCAGGAGUAACUAUUUGACUUGGGCUCCUGAUGUUGAGAUCUAUUUCACAUCAACUGAGCUACAAGAUGCCAUUAUUGCUGAUUCCAUAACUGAGAAUCAUAACCAGUUGUUAACGCGAAACCAUAAUGCACACCCUGUUGGCUCUACACCAGUGCUUGAAGCACACCAUGUUGCCCAGUCGAGCAACACUAGGGGAAACCGAGGUAGAGGACGAGGAAGAGGUCACGGAAGGGGUCCAAGUCGUGGAGGAAGAAAUGGAGGUAACAAGAAUCAUAGCACCCGUAACAAGCAAAGGCAACCAGAAAAUCAAGGACAAUCAAGCUCAUCCAACAAUCAUUCCGGGCAGCAGCAAACCUACUAUAGAUGUGGGUGCACAGGACACUGGUCUCGUACAUGUCGCACCCCGAAGCACUUCGUAGAGGCAUAUAAGCAAAUAAUGAAGAGGGACGAAAUGCAGCCUAAAGACGAGUCCCACCAUGUUGCGUUACGAAAAGCAAACGCACUUGAUAAUGCUGAUGAUUAUGACCUCAUGAAGUAUGAGCUUGAAGAUUUUGGAGAUCAAGAAUGA